UUGGUUUCUGUUUCUGUCUAUCUUACGCACUAUCUCCGCCCUCAAGGGAGAGACUUCUCCAUUUACCGAGCACCUUUUUUCAGGCACCGCCGUUAGAUCAAAAUUAGGUGUGACGGACUGCAAGAGAGCAAAGGACACCGCAUCAAUUUGGAACCGGAUCCCCCCCCCCCCUGCUGUCCCUCCUCCCCUCCUUAUGAAUUUCUGGAUUAUGGGGACGUCGUUAUGCCACACAGACGCUUUCCAAGAUUAAAUCACCGGAGCUGGAAGCAAAGGAGCACGUCAAAAAAAAUGUGCAUGAAUCAGAUAUUGCUCAGAUGCUGCUGCACAUCUCCGGGAUUUCGCCUGUAAAUACCUCUGGGAUGUUUAUUUUUAUGCUUUUGUGCUUUUAAUGCGCGCGAUGUGCAGUAGGUUCGUGUGCUGCCCAGAGUUGGCAUAGCCCACCUUGAUUAUUAUCUUCAUUUUAAUAUUAGUAAUCGGCAUGAUUAAUGUGCAGCGUGCAGUAGCCUACUUAUAACCAUACAGAAUCCGCGCUGUAUCGUUGAUCUCUGUAGAAUGUUAAUAUAAGUGAAAAACGAGGAACUAAUUGGCUCUGUGGAUCGUUAGACCAAACGCGCUAACAGGAGUUCAUAUUAUUCCCUAUAUUAAAGCGACGCAGGGGCUGUUUGAAGUCACAUGUGCCCAGACCAAACAAUUAAGAUGACAAAAGCCGUCCUCAGAAGAGAUUCUCUUUAUUACCGAGGAAACUGCAUUGGGAUCACAUCUCUGUUCCUGGAUUGUAAUAGAGUUGGAGGACAGGGAGCAGAGGAAGAAGAGAGGGAGGAGAAGCAGAGGAGAGCUGCUGAGCUGCACAACAGAGCCACUGCUGAUAGGCAAGCUUUGGCUUCAGUGAUGGACUGAGCUGACGGUGACGGGACCCCUGUGACAGCCAGCUUCACUGCUUCCUUCACACUUUACAAAAGGCAUGUAUGGACACACUGCAGCAUAGGCGAGAACAGGAGGAGCUGCCCACCUUGAACACAACAAAUUGGCCCUAAUGAUUAAAUUACAACUAUCUUCUCUCAAAGAGGACAACACUGGCCUUUCAUUUGAAAACCAUCUCUCAGGUCUGCACAAACUGAUUCUUCCUUGGUCCCCAAAAAAGCAAGUAAACCUGGAACCUCAGUCCCUUCCCAAGUGCCCUGGAAACCCACCGGAUUCAAUCCGCAACUGCAGAUGUAACUAAGCUGCUACGAUUUCGUCACCAGGAAGUCCUGUUUUUUUGGCUGCAUGGACACAUCUUCAAAGACGUGGCUGCCGCAUCAGAGUCAGUUUGGGUUGGGUGGUCAAGCGGAGGUUUGCUGUGGCGGACCUGGAGUUUUAACCCCAAACCAAUCUCGCAGGGCAAGUUUUGCCUCUGUAAGACAGUCAAGCAUGGAGACUCCUCCCAAUGCCACCCCACAGCCCUUCAGACAGCCGAGUUUUCUCAAUCGAAGGUUGAAGGGUUCCAUCAAGAGGGCCAAAAGUCAGCCCAAACUGGACCGAACCAGCAGCUUCAGACAAAUGAUUUUGCCCCGGUUUCGUAGUGCCGACCAAGAGAGGACACGAUUGAUGCAGAGCUUCAAAGAAUCCCACUCCCAUGAAUCCUUGCUUUCUCCUAGCAGUGCUGCGGAGGCUUUGGACCUAGUUUUGGACGAAGAUGCCAUAAUUAAACCUGUCCACUCUAGCAUUUUAGGACAAGAGUACUGCUUUGAGGUGACCACCAAUUCAGGGACAAAAUGUUUUGCCUGCCGUUCAGCUUCAGAGAGAGACAAGUGGAUUGAAAAUCUGCAACGAGCUGUCAAACCUAACAAGAACUCCUCGUUUCACUUUCAGGACAACAGCAGACGGGUGGACAAUGUGCUCAAGUUGUGGAUCAUUGAAGCUCGAGACCUUCCAACUAAAAAACGUUACUAUUGUGAGCUGUGUCUGGAUGACAUGCUGUACGCCCGCACCACCAGCAAACCUCGGACUGACACCGUUUUCUGGGGCGAGCAUUUUGAAUUUAACAAUUUGCCUACCAUUCGUAGCCUUCGAUUACACCUCUACAAGGAAACUGACAAAAAAAGACGCAAGGAGAAAAGCACAUAUCUUGGCCUUGUCAGCAUCCCCAUCUCCAGCAUCACGGGCCGGCAGUUUGUUGAGCAGUGGUACCCGGUGAUACAGUCCAGUGUCCUGUCCAAAAGUGGUGGUGUUGGAAGUGCCAAAGUGAUCAACGCCUCACUACGUGUCAAGUCUCGCUACCAGACAAUGAACAUUCUCCCGAUGGAACUGUACAAGGAGUUUGCCGAAUACAUUACCAACAACUACCGAACACUGUGUGCAGUCCUGGAGCCACUGUUGAGUGUGAAAAGCAAAGAGGAGGUGGCGUUUGCUCUGGUGCACAUCCUACAAAGUACAGGGAAAACAAAGGAGUUCCUGUCUGACAUGGCGAUGUGUGAGGUGGAUCGAUUCAUGGACCGUGAGCACUUGAUCUUUCGUGAGAACACGCUAGCGACAAAGGCUGUGGAAGAGUACCUCAAACUGAUUGGUCACAGAUACCUCAAGGAUGCUAUAGGUGACUUCAUUCGAGCCUUAUAUGAGUCUGAGGAGAACUGUGAGGUGGAUCCCAUGCGUGUCCCGCCGUCUGUCCUCGCUGACCAUCAGGCCAACCUUCGCAUGUGUUGUGAGCUGUUACUGUGCAAGAUUAUCAACUCUCUCUGCAUAUUUCCCCGGGAGCUGAAGGAAGUUUUUGCUUCGUGGAGGGCCAGAUGUGCUGAGCGUGGAAGAGAGGAUCUCGCAGACAGCCUCAUCAGCUCCUCCCUGUUUCUCCGCUUCAUGUGCCCGGCCAUUAUGUCCCCCUCUCUGUUCAACCUAAUGCAGGAGUACCCUGCUGAGCGCACGUCCCGCACACUCACACUCAUAGCCAAGGUGAUGCAGAACCUGGCCAGUUUCAACAAGUUUGGACCUAAGGAGGAGUACAUGUAUUUCAUGAACGAGUUCCUGGAGAUGGAGUGGGGCUCCAUGCAGCAGUUUCUCUAUGAGAUUUCCAACAUGGAAACCGGAGGAAACGCUGGAGGGUUUGAGGGCUACAUUGACCUUGGCAGAGAGUUGUCCAUGCUCCACAGCUUACUGUGGGAAGUCAUGGGCCAGCUUAGCAAGGAUGCUAUUCUCAAACUCGGACCCCUACCACGGCUGCUGAAUGACAUUAGUGUCGCCCUGAGGAACCCGCAGCUCCACAUGCCUACCAAUCACCAGCCAGACCGACCGAAGGACAGACUCUUCUCACGGCCGUCUUUCAAUCGUCUUAUGUCCUCUGACUUCCAAAGCCUUAUGAUGCGUGACUUAAACAGUUCAAUAGACAUCUCUCGCCUGCCAUCCCCUACGACUGGAGUCUCAGCUGUAGAAUCCCUCUCAUCUAAUCUGAACAUGAGGCGUCAAGCAGAACGAGACCUCCGCUCGUCGUCGAGGGAAGUGUUCUAUGUGACCCGCCCGCCGCUGGCUCGAUCCAGCCCCGCAUACUGCACCAGCAGCUCGGACAUCACUGAACCUGAUCCAAAGGUCCAUAGUGUGAAUAAAAGUGUGUCUAUGAUGGAUCUUCAGGACUCCCGUAUGAACAGCAUUUCCAACCUGAACUCUGUGGGAGACAUGCUCACCUCCUCUCAAGCCUCCAUCGCUGGCCUCGGUCACAGCUUCGGGAACCUCUGCGGCCCUCUUCGUAUGGGAGGACAUAUGCCAGCGGGCUCAUCGGGCUCCGGUUUGAGGCUGAGCCAGAUGGGCCACAUAGGGGGACCCACAGAAUCCAUCUCUCAACAGCAGCAGCAGGCAGCAGCGGCCAUGCACUUCCCCCUGUCUUUCCAGAACCCGCUAUUCCAUCUGGCUGCCCAGAACUCCCCAGCUCAGUCUCAGCCCCAUCCCCCUCCACUUCUCCUUGCCCCUGAGCCCGAGAAUGGCCACCACGACUAUCAGCCGGCCUUUGGCAACAAUGCUUUCUCCCGCAGCGAGGACUUGUCCGGCCUGCGGUCACAGAGCAGUCUGGUGCAGCCCAGCAUUGUCCACUCACACAGCUACAGUGAUGAUUUCACCCGGCAGAAUCAGAGCAAUGACUACGCCUGGCACCAGCUGUCACUGCAGGUGCAGGAGUCUCUGCAGCAGCAGCACAUGAUGGGAGUCGCAUCUCAGACGGCCACUGGGACGGGCACUCCUGCCUCUUUGGCCACACCACCUACUACAGUUCACCAUGUCCGCCAGACAUCCAUUGCCCAGCCACAACACCUCAAGUCACAGCGGUCCAUUAACACUCCAGCCACCGCCACACCCCCGAAGGUUCGGCCGCAGAGCAGGAACCUCCUUCUCGACUCUUCUGACACAAACUUCAGUGGCAGUCAGCCGAAACAUCGCCAAACUCAGCAGCAGGCACAUCAACAACAACAACAACAACAACAACAACAGCAGCAGCAGCAACAGCAACAGCAACAACAACAGCAUCAACAGGACUCACAGCUUUCAGUGACAGACAGUCCAGCUCCUGGACUCCCGUACCAGACGAGCUCUGCCAAAGAGAACCAGGGUCCGUCAGCGGCUGCAGAGGGGUCAACAGACACACCCACAAAAAGUACCAAGAAGUCUCAACCAUCACAACUGCAGCCGCCACAGCAGCAUCUGCUCAAACCAGGAAAUAAACAGGGUUCUCAGUCGACUCUGAAUACCUCGGCCCUCAACGAACGGACAGUCGCCUGGGUGUCCAACAUGCCUCACCUCUCUGCUGACAUAGAGAGUCUGCGGCCAGACCGUGAGGGCCAGCUGAAAGAGUACUCUAAGAGCAUGGAUGAGUCAAGACUAGAGAGGGUUAAAGAGUACGAAGAAGAGAUACAUUCCUUGAAGGAGCGGCUGAAGAUGUCUCAUCGCAAGCUUGAAGAAUAUGAACAGAGACUUAUGUCGCAGGAACAGCAGACAAGCAAGAUCCUAAUGCAGUAUCAGAACCGCCUGGAAGACAGUGAACGCCGUCUAAAGCAGCAGCAAAUGGAGAAGGACUGUCAAAUCAAAGGCAUCAUCACCAGACUCAUGGCUGUGGAAGAUGAGCUGAGAGGGGGUGCCAUUCCUGAUAUUAAGCCUCGAAUCCUCACAGACCAGUCUAUCUGCCAGGGCUAUGGUGGCCACCCAGGAUCCUGACUGUCAAUUCCAAAGUGACCAGAGUUCAUGAUGGUCACUCGAGUGUAAGAAGACUGAUUCUGAUCCUCCUACAAAAACCCAUGAAGAGACGCUCUGUAGUGGAUCCAGCAGGACCACUGGAGGCUUCAUCUCACAACCUUCUUAAAAACAAAAAAAAAAAAAAAAACUUUGCACAUAUUUAAACUUUGCCUGUACCAGAACAUGACAAUCAGUUUAGCGUGAGGACCAAUGUGUGCAGAAAAUCUUCUACACAUUUUGACUGAAAUAUAAGCCAAUGCCACAAAAAUGGCAAUACUGAACCUAUCGAGUUUCUUUAUUUAAUCGGAAGAAGCGGAAAACACUGGGGAUGAAGAUGGAUUCAUGAAUUUCCCCGCUACAAGCAGCACACUCGCUUCUCACCUAAGUGGCUGCAGACAAAAUGUUGAAAAGGCUUUUAAAAGCACAAUAUCUCCUCAUGGUGACGCCUGUGAUUAACAACAAACAUGUUGUCAAAUAAUUUGCCAUCCAUGAUCCUCGGAUACAGGGCCCAAGCAAAGACCUAUUUUACUAUUUGAUUCUGAUUGAAUCAUUUAGUAACAUAUUCUCACUUACAAAGGUGGUCAUCAUUAUGAUUUUUGCAUCUUUUAUAGUACCGCCAUCCCAUCUGAAUAGAUGCCAAACAAAUCCUAAAAUCAACUAACUGCUUUAAAUACAAUCUAAAUCUUCUCCUUGGUUACAUUUUCCGGCUCACAGUGUAAAGCCAGACCAACACUCUUUUGACUCUGUGUAUAGAAGAAUUAUAUCUUAAAGCUACUAAACCUUUUUAAUAAUGGAAAUACUUUACAAAAACUGAUCUGAGAUUAAAUCUGAAAAGAUGAAAAUCUGAGAUUAUAAUGUGUUUUGUUCACUUUGUGAUAAUAAUAAUAUUAAUCAUAAUAAAGAAUAUAUGACAUUUUAAAGCAGUGAUACAAAGUGCUUCGUAAAUAAUAGACAGAACAACCUGACAUGAAAGAAUAAUUGUGUCAAUUUAAAGGGGCACUCCACCAAUUUAUGCAUUACAGGACUUCUCAGCCUGUGGAAACAGUUUUAUAAUGUCCUCUGUGGCUCUGGAGGAGCUUUGAGAAUCUAACAUCUCAGCUUGGGUUUGGAGUCUCUACAUUUAAAACACAAAGUCUGCGUUACAAACUGCGGGUGUGGAGUUUGACUGACGUCGGCAUUAACCAGGCAGUAGGGGCUAGGAAAAAAAACGCUAUUGGUUGCAUUAUGGGAAAUGUAGGAUCCAGCAUUUUGGAGCGUGACCCAUGCUAGGCACAGAGGCGACAUUUACAUUUGGUGUUAUCAUGUGAUCUGUAUCUCCAUAUAAGCAGGCAUUUUGCAUCUACACCUUGUAUUAAUCUACGGAUCUCAAUAUGUUAAUUAGUCUGGGGUGGUGAAUAACAAACAUGGCACAUCCCAUGCCAUGUUUGUUUGCUCAGUAAUUUCUAAAUCACAUUUUGCAAGGAAAGAGUUGUUAGCUACUGCUACUACUUGGCGGGCAGCUUAAGCUAGUGGAGAGAGUCUAAGUUAGGUGAACUUUCAACCUGUUCUGCAUUUUUUUUUUCUGAAGAAUGUGGUCACACUGUACGGAUGUGAUUUACACCUGGUGGAGAUGCGAUCACAAUGCACUGAAUGCAUUCAAACCUUGCAUUACAUGCAUUUUCAUUAACCAGUUAGGACAUCCAGAUUACAGGUUAAUUCCAGGUGUAAAUGGGUUCUAAGAGUCCAGAUAUCUCUGCCUCAGUUCUUUUUAUAAAGGCCUCUAACUUAAUGGAAGUGCAAUACUAAGUCACUGGAGUGCUCCCUUCCCUUAUGAAGGAAAACAAACUAUAUUAUAUCUAUUUAACAUGGUCUUUAAACCUGCAGUGCGGAACUUUUGUCUCCCCUUCUGGCAGUAAGGGUAAUUACACUGUCGACGCAUGCUGGUUAAAUAUACCUACAGUUGAGCUCGCCUCUCACUCGUGUUCAGAAUUACAAAAAUACAGAGAAAUGUCCACAGUUCCAAGACAGUAAUCUAUUAUUUAGGUAGAGUAAAUUUAAUAGUUACAUAACCUACUUCUACAAAUACCAACCUGUCCAAGAGUAGUAAUGUGACAUCCGUGUCUGCCCUCAGUCCUCUCUCUUCUCUAAGCGCUCUUCAAGUUCAGUUAUAUGUAAAAGCCCCGCACUCCAGCUUUAAGACAGGUUAUGCAAUCAGAAAUUUCUGAAAGAUAAUAUUGACAGCUGCAUUUCUGAUAGCAACAGCAGGACUCCAGCUCAUCUUUAAUCUACAGUUUCUAAUGAAUGCUUGUCUCAUGGACAGUUACAUCUGAGAGACAGUGUUAGUCUAAAGCCAGCCUAAACUAACCAAGCCUCAGUAAAGUAAAGUAAUGAUUCAACUUCAAAAAAUUUUAAAUAAAAAAUCAUGGUCUGCCAUUUUCAUUAUUUAUCUUUUUAGCCUUUUCAUGUUUUGAAGUACAGCACUUUGUAACAUUGGUUUGAAAAGUGCUGUAUAAAUACAUUUUAAUAACUAUGAUUAUAAACAUUAUGUGCAACUGGAAACAAAUCAUAUUAUAGCAAGUAGUGAAUUACUCAUCUGUUGUGUUUAAUGUUUCUGAAGCAUAGAUGUGCAACAGUUCUGCAUGUGCUUUUUAAAUGCGAGGAUGAGUAAGUCAGUUUGUUGUCAGAUAUUAUUCUAAUGUACAAAAAAAACUUGGGACAUGGCUUUCUUAUUGGAAGGCAUCUUUUUUAAAUACAACCUGCUGACUCUUCCGUUUUUUGCAGAAGAGGGUGGCAUUCAGCCUUUUGCAUUAUACAACAUGGAAAUACUGAGAGAAAUGAACAGAAAUCGCAGACAACAAAAGAGGAGAGACCGUGAAAACAACAGAACAAUAAAGAGUUUCCAAGCAGGGAUAUGUAGUAUAUGUGCAUAGGAUCUGACUGCCUUACAGUCUGUGCCACAGGGCCCAAAAUAACAAUGCCAAUACAAAAAAACUUGUAAACUUUGUAUAUUAAAUGUCCUUUUUUUGUAGUCAGGUGAUGAAUUAAUAAGCAGUGUGUUGGUUAACUCUGUAUGUUAGUCAGAAUCAUUUAUAUUACAAAUUUCAUGUUUGAUAUAAUUUAUCUUAACCUCUUGCCUUUAAAAAGAUGUUUUCUUUUCAAGAUAAAUAUCAAUGAUACAAAGUUAUAUGUUUAUGUUACCAGAAAUGUAUAAAAUAGCUUAAUGUAUAUCUAUUCUUAUAUGUAAAAUGUAUUCAAAUCAAGGGUAGGCCUUCAGGCAUGUUGAACUUGUGGUAAAAAAAACGGAUUCUUAUAUUCUUAAACUCUUAAUGCUGCAAUCCAGAAACUACAGUGCUAUGGUAUGAUUGCGUUCAUGGGAUGAGAGCGGAAUAAUUUCCCACAUUUCUGUUCUGUAGAAUAAUGAGACAAAUUAAAAUAUCUCGACUAUGUUUGUGAAACCGAAAUAGCAGUGGUGCUUUCAACAAUACUGGAUUGCAGUUUUAAGUAAUCUUCUUUUGAAACACGCGUUUAUUUGUUUGGCCUGCAUUGCAAUACAGUAUUUUGAAAUGUUAAUACUGCACUUCUGUUUUCAUUUUAUGAGAAGCUGCAAUCCAUUAUCUGAAAAAAAAGUUUAUAAAGACAUAAAAAUAUACGAUAUGCCCAUGCAUUCUUAAAACUCUCUCUGUAUUAGCUGCAGUGGUACAGUGUGCUACCUCUGAAAUCCUGUCCUCAUCUCCCUUCUCUGUUGGAAUUAAGGAUCCUUAUUGUGAUUUAUACCACAACCUGAUAGGAUACUUUAUUCCAUGUGACUAAAAACCUCCAUUAAUUUAAUGCACAGUGUUAACAAAAAGGUCCAAUUUUCUCUCUCUUACCAAAUGCAAAAUCAGGCUAAAUUUUUGGUUGCUUGUUCAUUGCCAUUUUAGAAUUUCCUAUAUAUAAAACUUUCGCCAUCACAGGGUUUACUAUUGUAUUUAAGUGCCGUUACCAUUGCAUUCAUACAAAUAUGCUUUUAAUCACAGGAUGAGAUUGUGUUCCAGAUAUUCGUCAGACUCUCAGGUGUUACAAGGAACACGGAGAUAUUGCUAGCAAGAACUUUUGAUAUCUUUAAUGCCAAAUGCACAAAAAUAGUGAAACGCAAUCUUAAGUGACCAUUAAAGCUAAAUACAAUUUUAAAAAGCACAUGAAAUGAGGGGUCUGUGCUAAGACAACUACUCUGUUCUUAUUUUGGUUGGUUCCUGGCCCUCGCCUCAUCCAUAUAAAUAGUUUAAUUUACACCUUCUGUUGAAUUAUUUGUUACAUAAAAAGGGAACAAGAGCUUCUUGAGUUUCUUGGUCCAAAUGAAAAACAGUUCCAGUGUUAUAAAACUUGAUGAGGAAUAUUUGAAGAAAUAAAAUUGAAGAAGUGCUUUAUGUUUACAGAAUCAUGACAUUUUAGAGGAUGUAUGAACCUUUUGUUGACCCAAGGGAGAAUAACUGCCGCUUUGCUGCAGCUAAAGCAGGACCUAAUAAAUGAAAUGAGAGAUCUUGUAUAUUUUGAAUAAGGGUAUUUAACAUCUAUGAACAUAUUUAUGUUUCUAAAAUGGAUGUAUAGAAUUUUAGAAUGAAACAAAGUAUUUUUCUUGGCAGCUAUCAUUCUGCACAAUUGAUCUGUGUCACAAAUAUAUAGUUGGUGGGGUUUCUGACUUGAAUUGGGCCUACUGGAUGUAAUACCUUAAUUUACUUGACAUUUCUUUUGAAAUAAGCCAUGCCCCAUGGAUAAGCCAUACCCUCCAGUCCCCUGAUGUUGUAUGGUGGAUGUUUAAUGUUGGUAGUUUUAUUUAUAAUGGUAGUUAUUGUAGGUAUGAUUGCGCUUGUAAUUAUUAUUAUUAUUAUUAUUAUUAGUGUAAGUAUACUUGAUUGAUAUCAUUUGUUUUGUUUGAACAAAGGGAAUGUAUUCAUUUUUCAGGUGAUUUUUCUGAGUGAUUUAAAUAAAUUAAUA